AUGGAACCAUUACUUGAUCCAGACAAUGACAGAGCAAUGAAAGAUAUUGUCCCUCCCCCACACAGGCCUAUCUCUGAUGAUAUACUCUAUCCUAAUAAGUGUAUGCCCAUAAAUUAUGUAUCUAAUAUACCCAUAGAAAGUAACGCACCGAAUUGGGAGUUAUUGAAAAACCACAUGUACAGAGAAGAGAAGGAGCCUAAUUUGCUUAGUCUGCAUGAUCCUGUUACAGUAGUUGGUGAUAUACAUGGCUAAUACUAUGAUUUCGUUAAAAUGUUAGAUGUCGGAGGAAGUCCAGCUAAAACCAAAUAUCUUUUCCUUGGUGACUAUGUAGACAGAGGAUCAUUCUCUUGUGAAGUUGUUCUACUGCUGUACUCUCUCAAGUUGAAUUUCCCCCAAACUAUUUACAUGCUGAGAGGAAAUCACGAGUGUAGACAAAUGACAUAAUUUUUCAAUUUUAGAGCAGAAUGUCUCUAUAAAUAUGAUUAGGAGAUUUAUGACUUAUUUAUGGAAACUUUUGAUGCACUUCCUAUAUCAUGUCUCGUAAAUGACAAAUUCCUUGCACUUCAUGGUGGAAUAUCCCCAGAGUUAAAGACAAUCAAUGAUUUGAAAAAUCUACAAAGAUUCUAAGAGCCCCCGAGAGUUGGGCUAUUCUGUGAUAUAUUAUGGUCAGAUCCAGUAGAAGAUGAAAAGGGUUAAUGCCCUUAAAGGUUUUAGUAAAACGAUGUCAGAGGAUGCUCUUACUUCUUUGGACAAUAAGCGACAAACUAGUUCUUGCAUAAGAAUAAGCUAUUGUCAAUUUUGAGAGCCCAUGAGGCUUAAUUUGAUGGUUAUAAAAUGCAUAAAUGGAAUGGACCAUCAGACUUUCCAGUUGUCAUUACUAUUUUCUCUGCCCCAAACUAUUGUGAUGUAUACAAUAACAAGGGAGCUAUCAUUAAAUUUGAGCAGAACACCUUGAAUAUACAGUAAUUCAACUACACAGCACAUCCAUAUAUACUACCCAACUUCAUGGAUAUCUUUACUUGGUCUGUGCCAUUUGUUGCUGAAAAAGUUGUAGAAAUGUUGUUAAACGUACUUAAGCAGGGAAGUGACCUGCCAGAUGAAGAUGAAAUCGAAAUACCAGACCCAUCAAAGCUUUUGAUAUAGGGUGGAGUGGAACAGAAAUCAAAGAGUAAGUUACAUUAAAUUUAUUAAAUUGCUUUAGAAGCUGACUUGUUGAGAAAUAAGGUGAGAGCAAUGAGCAAGAUGAUGAAGAUGUUCAAGACACUCAGAGAAGAGAAUGAAAGUGUUGUCCAACUUAAGGGUAUCUGUCCAGAUGGUAAAGUACCUAAGGGUCUACUACUAGAGGGAAGUAAAGCAAUUUAGAAUGAGUUGGUGGAUCGUUCAAAGCUUUUCUCAAAUGCUAAGAAACUUGAUUCCCAUAAUGAGGGAAUGCCUUUCCAAAGUUAAGGUGGAUCUCCUGGCUUUAGUGGAUAAAAUCAACUUGGAGGAAAUCUUAGUAAAUAAUGA